AUGGCACAAGAUGGUGAGGGCAUUGGCCCGAAGCCAGCUCCGAUAUCAUGGACUUCCAUCCCUCACAAAUUCCAGCUCUUCAUAGUCUGCAGCGUCCGGACUGUUGAUUUCUUCCAGCAAGCAGCAUUACAGGCAUUCAUGUUCUAUCAACUCAAGUCUUUCUCUCCAGAUGCAGAUGAUAGUCGGAUAUCAUUCGAAGCAGGUGUCCUGCAAGGUGUCUUUACUGCCGCCCAGAUCUUCACCGGAAUACUAUGGGGCCGAGUGAUGGACUCGCCCAGAUUCGGUCGGAAGGGCGUGAUAUUGAUUUCGUUGAUUGGGCAAGCCUUGAGUUGUGUUGCGGUUGCGUUCUCAGGAUCGUUCAUCACCGCCGUCAUCUGGAGACUGCUCGGAGGCGCUGUCAAUGCAACUGUUCCGGGGGCAAGGACUGCACUUUCGGAGAGCACCGAGAAGAAAUAUCACUCGAGAACGUUCUUGCUACUACCUCUUUCCUGGAACAUCGCGAAUAUUUUGGGACCUCUCUUUAGCGGCUUGUUGUCGGAUCCGGUGGGAAGCUAUCCAGGUCGCUUCGGGCCAAACUCGACUUUCGGUGGUAGCCAGGGCGUUGUUUGGAUGACAAAUUUCCCGUAUGCUGUGCCCAAUCUUUUCUGUGCUUUCGCUCUAUUGGCGGAUGCACUACUAGUUUGGUUGGGCCUAAGAGAAACCCUCGAAGCUCGAAAACAUACUCGCGAUCGAGGUAUCGAGCUAGCAGAGCAUAUAAGUUACAACAUACGCAAACUGAUCUUUGCACGAUUCGACUAUCGCCAAAUCAGCCCUGACGAGCAAUCAGGCCCAGACACCACCAGCGAUGAGAACAUGGAAUCAGGCACACCUCUCACACCAAUAGCGCCCAAGGCACCAGAAGAGCCAACAACAUACUCGGCAGCCCCAUUCUACAAAGCCAUUACACGAAAUGUACUGCUCCUCCUCAUGACAGUCGCAAUCCUAGACUUCCAAAUGGGCGGCUUCACCACGCUAUGGACGACGUUCCUAUCCACGGCCCGCCGCAGCGAAGAGCAAAGCCAAGCCGUCGCCCUCCCCUUCCACUUCACUGGCGGCCUAGGCUUCUCGUUGCCUAAGAUCGGCAUCUCCAUGUCACUGCUCGGCCUCGCGGGCAUCGCCGUCCAGCUCGCACUCUACCCACGGGUGAACGCUCGCUUCGGCCUCCUCAAAUCCACCAGCUGGGCACUGCUCGUCUUCCCCAUCCCAUACGCCCUCGCGCCAUACCUGUCCCUCCUCGUCUCCGUGCCUUUCCUCCUUUGGUUCCUGCUGUUCGUCGUCGCAGUCCUCCAGAUCGCGGCGCGCACGUUCGCAGUUCCGGGCAUAGUGCUCCUGACCAACAACGCGAGUCCCAGUCCGGCCAUGCUGGGCACUAUCCACGGGAUGGGAGCGGCUACUUCGAGUGCGUUCAGGACUAUUGGGCCUGUCGUUGCGGGACGCUUGUUUGGGCAGGGCCUUGAACGUGGUGUGGUCGGUUGGGCUUGGUGGUGGCUCAGUCUUGUCAGUCUGUUCGGUGUUGUGCCUAGCUUAUGGGCCAAGGAUGGGAAAUAG